AUGGAUAACCUUCACUUGAGUGUCAUAACUGUGGCCCUUUACUUUAAUCUUCCUGGAUUAGUGGGAAUCAAGUCACAGCAGAUCCUUCUUGAUACACAUAACCAUUCAGACUGCUGGUGGGAUCGGGAGUUCUCAGUGAAUUGUUCUUUCACUGGACUAUCUCUGAUUCCAGAUGUAUUCCAAAUGGCAGUAACAGCUGAUUUUAGUUACAACAACAUUAAAACUUUUCUGCACGCUGAUGGAGGAAAUGAAGAAUGGAUGCUUAAACACCUGAAUCUUAGUAACAACCUGAUCUCUGAAGUCUCCUUAACUACUUUUAGAAAUUUGCCCAUUUUAGAAACUCUCAACCUCAAUGAUAACGCCAUCCACACCCUGACACUGGACAUACCUAUGCCUGGACAUGGGUCUCAGAAGAAUGGAAAAGACUCUCGCCUCCUGCCUGCUUUGAAAGUAUUGUCAGUUGAAAGAAAUAACCUUAAUACAGUUCCAAGAGGACUAGGCCUGCUGCAGUCCUUACACACUGUCCAUUUCUCAUCCAAUGGUAUACGACAGAUUGAUCUGAAUGAUUUUCAGAACUGUUCACAGCUGAAGGAUAUCAACUUGCAAAACAACAAGAUAACUGAAAUUCAUCCAGAAGCCUUCAGGGAUCUCAACAAAUUACAGGUUGUGAAUCUCCAUGGAAAUGCUCUAACAACCCCUUUACCACAGAUAUUUAUCAGCCUGAACUUCUUUCAACUUGAAGUGGGCUUGUCAAAUAAUGCCUGGAUAUUUAACUGCAGACUAAAUACUUUCAAACAUUUACUUCAUUUUCUUUUUGACUCCACGAGGCAAACAUGGAGCAUUUCAUACAAUCAAUCUGCCAACAAUUCACAGAAACCUCUCCUGUAUCUUUCAAGUUUUAAUUUAAACUGCAGCAACAGAGUUUUGCUCAGGACUGCUGUAAUCCCAGCAGAGAAGACGUCAGUGCUAGAGUGUGACUUGGACAACACAAGAGGUAAUCAAGUCUCUUGGUGGACACCUAGGGGCAAAAUUUCAAAAGGUAACAGUCUUCAUCAUAUGACACUGGAUAAAAUGAAUAAUUUAGUGAUACACAAUGCCAAGAAAACUGCUGAAGGAUUAUACAUGUGUAUUUUUAAUACAACAAAAAAGAAAUAUCUCAUCUACAAUAUAGAGGUGAAAGAAAAGGUUUCGACAAUUUUGGUUCGAAAAGCCCGGGACACUAAUGCUGUUCUUAGACAAGGAAGAACAGAGCAAGACUUUGCACUGGCUGUCUGCCUCGCGGUGCUCAUUACGUUUGCUUGUGCUUUUUGUCUGGGUGCUUUUGCUAGACCCUACCUUGAGAGCCUGUGGAGACUCAUGUGCAGGAAGAAAAAUUCAGGUUCAGAACAUAUUUACUCUAAUCAAGCUUUUUCAUACGAAACCUCGAGCAGAGAGUGCUCUGCAAGCAAACCAACACAUAUGCAGCAUGAUUUGUUCAUUUCUGAUGGGAAUUCUACAAGAAACACAUAUGUUUUGCCUACAGAAACUUCUACUUUGUAUGAAAAUGUUAUUGGUAACUGUGUACCUGCAUCAAAUACUGAAGAAUACCAGAAACAAAGCAAUAAUGAGAUCAAUGUGGAGAAAACCCCAGCAUUUUCAGAUAUCAAAACUAGUAUCAGCAGUGAUGAAGAUGUAAACUUUACUGAUAAUGGACUACUUUCUGUAAGGGUAGAUAAUAAGAACAGCAACGAAGUAAUGCCAAGAAAAUUAUCAAGUAAUGACAUUGCAUUACAGAAAGGUUCAAAAUUUACAAAUAACGAAGACUCAGAGAAGAGCAGAUUCCCUCCCAUAGCCAAGAGACUGAAUGCUGACUAUUGCACAAAUCGAACUGUCUCUUCAUAUUCAGAUUUAUCCUUCAUGGGAGAAACUGGCUUUCCAUUUUCCACAAUACCAACACGUACAGUUGCAGAAGAUUCUAGGAAUAGCAAGGUCAGGAACAACUCUGGUCUGCUGCAGUCUGAAAUCAUAAAGGCUGCACCAGAUUCUUCUGAAAGAAAAGGUGUAAUUUCAUAUAACAAACCCAUGAGCACUACAAAACUUAUGCUUGGAAGGCAAAGCUGUGAUGAACAACCUGGUUUAAAUGGCAACAUAAAUAUAACCAGUGAUGUGAGAGAUGUUAUUUUACCCAGUAGCUGCAAGAGAAACACAAAUAUUGAGAAUUUAAGUGUCUACCAAACAAUAGAAAACUCUUCUCUUACAGAGUAUGACUGUAAAACUGAACAUACAAAUGAAAGAGAUACUUCAGCAGAUAUAUUUGACGAUAGUUCUUCAGAUGAAGGGACUCCAUUCACAUUGAGUGACUGUAGUUCUUUAGCAGACUUUGAACUGGAAGAACCUGAUGUUAGUGACAGCCUGCCAGUCUGUCAGUCACCACCAGAGGAAGUCGAUACAAACAGUGGAACUGAGAAGUUCUCAACACCACCAGAGUCUCCAAACAUUGCUACUGAGCUUCAGCAUAUUGGAAAAAAUGAAGACAAGAAAAACACUAUUAAUUAUGGGUCAGAUACCAGCAUGCCUGAAAUAGUAUCACCUUACAUUGAUAAAUGUAGUGAUCACAUAAGUACAUCAGAUUCAGACACAGAUAGUUCUUCAAGUCAAGAAGUUCCUCAUACACUUGGUUAUUUGACUAAAGAAGAGUCAACAGGACAAAACUCUAUUUCUAGCUCCCUCCACAAUCAAAGUACAGACUUCAGUAACAUGCUACUUUCAUUAAAAGAUUCUCCCACAUAUGAUACAGAUAGAGAGAACACUCUUGAAGAGGCUAAAUUGCAGCUUUAUCAGUGGAACCACACUGAACCUCAGCAUCCCCUCAACUUCAGUCCCACUGAACAAGAAGGAAACAGACCAGAGAGAAUUACAGAUGACCACAUGGAAAGGAACUCUGAAAAGAACAAUAGUGAAGGAGACAUUACAUUAAGAAGAAAUACAAGUACAUCUGAGGACAAUGAUUUUAUUUUUGCUCCCAUUGAUACUGCUUUGAAUGAAAUUGUGAAGAAAACAUUGCUACUGCGUUCCAGUGAUGAAUCAUCUCUUCAGUCACUGCCUGAACAGACAGCUGAAAAACAUUUUAGAGCUACUUCAGAGAAAGAUGACUUGCUACCAGAGGGGAAGCAGGUGAAUGCAAUUAAGACUUGUGCAGAUAAAAUGCCAAGAGGUUUUAAUGAGAAAAACUGUGAUGGAUACAUGGAAUUAGAGGACACCAGCAACUCUAGUCUGCCUGAAGAAACACAGUCUUGCAAUCUCAUGGCAGAUUUGUUGCAUCUUCACUCUUCUGAGAAAACACAAUCAGUUUCCAACACAGAUCAUUUACAGCUGGAUCAGAGUGACAAAGAUGCAUAUUCCUUCUCAGUGCCACAAGGCUUCCAUGAGAACACACCAUACAGUUCAUUCUUAGAAAAGACUACAGGAAAUAAAAUUUCCAAAAGCACCAAUUCCAGAAAGAUGGAAGAUGACACUACUUGGACUGGACUAGAGAACCAUUCCACCACAGCAGCCAGCCUCCAAAAUUCAAGUGAAAAACUCAGUCAAAAGGGUCAGACCAAUGUAGGACAGGGACAGUUUUUUGUUAAGAAGAAAAGAGCAUUUGAUGGAUUUGCUCAUGUUUUACAAAGCAGGAAAACAGACUUCAGUAGUUGA